AUGAGCAAUUUUACUAGAUCUGAGAAUAAGAUUCCUUCAAAAAGACUCGAUAACCCAGAUUCUGCAGCCAAAUAUGCUCAUGAUGAUUUAGUUCAGCAGAAAAAACUCAAAUUUGAUACAUUAAAAAAUAGUCUCAAUUUAUUUCGAGAUUCAACAGAUCCAAUUGCCAAGAAUAACGUGAUACUACAGAUUCUAACAUAUAAAGACGGUGAUAGCGAUCUGAAAAUUUUGUUAGCUAAUGAUGAGUUUUUUACGUUAAUAUUUCAUACAGCAUUUGAUGACUUUGGCUCAGAAGAGCUAUCAACCAAUUCAUUUAAUCUUUUAAUCAGAUUCAUCCAAAAAUUUUCUUGGUCAUUUCCUUUUAUCAUUGGAAAACAAUUCCAUAGACAUGCAUAUGAGCUAUUAAGUCAGGAAGAUUGUAUGAUUAAUCAUUCUAUUCUUUGCAAAUUCUUGGCCAACGUUAUGGCCAUAAAUACAGAGCUUCUACAUGACCUAUUCACUAGCGACUUCUUUUACUAUCUAUUAUCUAUCUUGCAAAACCAAAAAUUACAGCAUUCAAAUAAGAUUUGGGUUUUAGAAGUUUUGCAAGACAUUUUUUCAAUAAAUUUUUACGAUAUUAAUGAUUACAUCGAUGACAUACUCCAAUUGGCAACAGAAAUCCUGAAAGAUAAUGAAACAAUGCCAAAAUACACGAUAAUUAACUUAGUUUUUGAUAUUCUAGCAAAUUUACUUCGUUCUAACAUUUCCCAGGAACAAAAGGCCAAAUUGAUCAAUCCAUUUAUUUGGAAUUUAUCAUUUGGCUGCUAUGAUUCCAACAAUCCUCAGCUUUGUCCAGCUUCUGUUCGAUAUCUCAUCAAUGCCGUAUACGAAUUCAAUGAAUAUGGUGAUAUUUUAGUAAAUGAAUCAAGCCAAGAAGUGUUUAAUGUCAUUUCUUCGUUACAAAACGCAUCAGAUCCAGAAAUUGCAGCUAAUAUCAUUCUUUUGAUCAAUAACAUCAUGGCAUCUUCACAGAAUUCAAUUGACUUCAUCUGGAAAUCAGAAUUUUACAAAUUAAUUGCAAAUUACCUCGAAGAUUCGUCAUACAAGGUAAAGAAACAGGCAAUUAUAUUUAUAUGCAGGUUGAUGAUGCUUGCAACUCCCCAACAAAUACCAGAUUUGCUUGAAAAUGCUCCAUUAAACUUAAUUUGCGACGAUUUCGUCUACGAUGAAAAUGAAAUCGUUGCAAACAUUCUUGGAGCUUUGAUCAAUUUAACUUCUCAAAUUGUUGGAGAUUCUUCGAAUUUUCCUGAUAUUAAGGACAUUUUCGAGGAAUACGCGGUUAUAGAUAGACUAGAAGAGAUUAUAAGCCAGAAAGAGAAAGAGAUAGUUCAAGCAGCAACUUUUCUUUUAGAAACUAUCAAAAUUAUAUUAUCUCAAUAA